GUAGUCUGCCCCUCUUUGAGGUCUGUGCGAUGAGGCAUUUAUCUUCCUACACAAGGUGAACUGAACAGAUUAAAACCAGACAUGUCGAAGUCCAGAAUCUCUUGAUUAGUAAUCAUUCGUGUAGUUUGUUAUGUUGGAUACACGAUAAACUGAAAAACAUACCGGAUUGGAACCGCGGUCUCGAGUGAGCUGGUCGCUAGCUGUCCACCGGAGUCGAUCAGUGCAGCUUACCAACAUGCUGAGACACUGGUCCCCACAUCCUGAUUCAUAAAUCCUUUGGGACUUCAGCUCUUUUUCUACUUUUUUUCUCCCCCUUGCGUUGGCAGCUCUACUGUCGUGUUGGAUGCAGCUGAACACCAAGCAGAAGAAGAGAAAGAAAUUCCCUCUCUUACUCCAGCGGACUAGCACGUGUUGGCUACAAUGAGAGAGUGAGAUACCUGGAGAGGCUUGCGUGCUUGGGGAACAAUCCAAGGAACUGUACAGAGAGCAAGAGGGAACAGGAAGUUUGGAUUCCUUCCGGGAGCGUGAAAGUCCAGAGGGUCACAGUUUUUCAGGGGUGGUGUUGAGGGUCACCUGUGGCGAUGACCAGCCUGUUUCGACGCAGCAAUAACAAUGGGGGCUCACGGAGAGUGGGAGGGGGCGGGGGCGGAGGCGGAGGCAGCGGGGGCUCCACCGCCGGAGAGCUCAACAACAGCAGGCCCAACAGGCAGGUGCGACGGCUGGAGUUUAACCAGGCCAUGGAGGACUUUAAGACCAUGUUCCCCAGCAUGGACUACGACGUGAUCGAGUGUGUGCUGCGCUCCAACAAUGGCGCCGUGGACGCCACCAUCGACCAGCUCCUACAGAUGAGCAUCGACGGUCAGGGGUCAGACGACAGCUCCGACUCAGACGACAGCAUCCCCCCGGAGAUUCUGGAGAGGACCCUUGAGCCAGACAGUUCGGAUGAAGAGCCGCCUCCUGUCUAUUCUCCGCCCACCUAUGACAUGCAUAUAUACGACAGGAAGUACCCCGAUGCUCCACCCACUCCUCCCCCUAGGUUCGAAGCUGUAGGUCACCAGCAGGUCCGAAGCUACAGGAACUGGAACCCACCGUUACUAGGUAACCUGCCUGACGACUUCCUCCGGAUCUUGCCUCAGCAGCUGGACAGUAUACAGAGCCCGCCGAGCAGUCUGUCUCAGCCUUCGUUGUCCUCCUCUUCCUCGCUGUCCUCCGUGACACGGCAUGCUCCAGCCCUGCAGGGCCCCUCAGAGCUGAGCAGGGGGGCCACGGGGAGCGUGGGGUCAUCGGGGGCCACAGAACAGGAGCGGAAGCUGAAGCAGUACCUGGAAGACGAGCGAAUUGCCCUCUUCUUACAGAAUGAAGAGUUUAUGAAGGAGCUGCAGCGUAACCGCGAGUUCCUCAUGGCGCUGGAGAGAGAUCGUUUGAAAUACGAGUCAAAGAAAUCUAAGUCAGCUAGCAUGGAGAACUCCACUGCAGGAGAACAUUUGGAGGGGGGCACUGCCGUCUCAGAUGAUGCAUUAUUCCGAGACAAACUGAAGCACAUGGGGAAAUCAACAAGAAAGAAGCUAUUUGAAAUUGCCAGAACUUUCUCUGAAAAGACAAAGAGGAGGAAGUCAAAAAGAAGAACACUGCUGAGGCAUCAUUCACUUGGCACUGCCAACUCCACUGCCAACCUUUUGGAUGACGUCGAGGGGAAUCCAUGUGAGGAAGACAGCCAGCUCAGAAGACUGGCAGCUCAGGAAGAGGAGGAGUCCCACUCAGAAACAUUGUCAUGAUCCUUCCAGACCCUCACCUGUUCGGGUUUCCAUGGUGACAUCAGAAUGACCCAUGGCUAGUGGGCCUUAUAGCUCAGUGGCUCCUCCCCUCUAACCCCAGAGCCAGCCAAUCCAAGGUUCAAUAGGAACAGUCUCCGCCCAGGCUGGAAGAAACAUGAUGGACUGUGUAGUUCUCUUACCACAGCCUCUUGAUGAGCCAAGAAUUAUUGUACCUAUAUUUGAUUGCUAUUAAAAUUACUGUAUCAUACCUAUUUGUUAAUAUAUGGUUUCACAUGUAAAAAAAAAUAGACACAGUAUUCAUUUUCAGUUUUUUUUCUUUAUUUCAUAUUUUACUCCUUAAAAAUCCCUAUUUACCAAAGGGACCUUUUUCCAGUUUGCUCAUAGUUUUCCUUUGGACUAAUAUUAACUUUUCAGUUGUUUUUACUCCUAGUUUGGGCAGCCUCUGACUUGUGCAGAGAACAGUGCUGAAAUUUACUGAAAACUAAAAUCCAAACCAGGCAGAACCACUGGUGCGUAUGUCCUUUGUUUUUAACUAUGAUGCCUUGAGUCCCUGAUUUAAACCCUUUAAUGGAUUGCAAAUGAAAUA